AUGGGUGUGACCACCAUUAACAAUGAGUUCAGUUACCCAAUCCCAGUUGCUAGGAUUUUCAAAGCUUCAAUCCUUGAUGCACACAACUUACUUCCCAAGAUCCGUCCUGAUAAGAUAAAAAGCAUUGAAAUUCAUGGAGAUGGUGGGGCUGGAUCCAUCAAACAGAUCAACUUGGCUGAUGAUGGCCCUUUUGACUUCAUCAAGCAUCGGAUCGAUGAAAUUGACGAACAGAAUUUUAAGUGCCAGUUUACUUUGAUCGAAGGUGCUGUGAUAGGUGAAAAGAUUGAGAAGGUUGUCGAUACGGUUCAGUUCGUGGUCUCUGCAAACGGGGGAUCCACCUGCAAGACUACUUCUGAGUUUUACACAAUUGGUGACUAUACGAUGGGUGAAGAUGAAAUCCAGAUGGGAAAGGACAUGGCCAUUGGAAUGUUCAAGAUGGUGGAAGAUACCUCUCGCAAAACCCAGAUGCCUACGCUUAAGACACACUCUUUCUCUCUAGUUAAUCUAUUAAUUGUGUAUGAUAAACAUUACAAUCAUUUUAAAAAGAUGUUGAAUCACUCACAUCACUCCUUGAACUAUUACAUAACAUUUAGAAUAAGACAAUGA